AUGGCAGCAGACUAUUCCAAAUCGUGUAAUCGUUCACCCAAUGGUGUCAGCGCUGGGGAUUACAGGUGCUCGAGUGAUAGAAUUUCUUCGCAAGUAUCGGCUUCUUUUCGAUCUAGAUUGUCGUCCAAUGGGUCGUCGUCCACAUCCUACCCCUCAUUUGGAUACCGACAAGCAACUGUGGAAGACAGGGUUCAGAUGGCGAGCGCUAAGGUUAGCGAUUCUACGUUGCGUCUUAUUAGUCCGGCUAAACAAACAGGGAAGACGGUGGCGCACAAUCGAGCGGAAACGAAACCUUCGCUCGUCGCUUCUACCACCUCCUUCAGAUCAUCUGCAACCAGUCUUUCUUCAGUUUUACCUCCAUUGCUAGCUCCCUCUUCAAGGGCUGUUACCGUGAUCAACGCUGAUAUAUUUCACCAAGCCCAUCAUAAUCAAGGGUCGUGCGAUUCUGCCUACGCAUCUGGGAUUAACAGUUCCUCUUCCUCUUCCGCGUCAUCGCCAGCCGUUGGCGAUCUUUUGUCACCCAUGAAACCGAACUGUGGUGCCGUUAACGUUGCCAAGUCUUCUCCGGUUCGCCGAAAGAUCCAGUUUGUUCCUAUUCGUCCACAGUCACAACAACUUUAUUCAUCACGGACGCAGCCCACAAGACAGCGGUUUUUGUCCGCCACGAGUGGAUCAUGUAAUCUCGCCCUAAAUAGAAGUUCAUUUUCGGAUCAGCAGAUUCUUGUCUUUGAGGCUCCCACACACUCCGGACAAGUGCUAGACCCAACACAAGUUUCCGAAUUAGAAACACACCGUGUGCAUCGUCUGGUGGCCCCGGUUUAUGUUCGAUUGGGUCCCGACACUAACGGUUCUUCUGAAGAAGUGCUGUUAGCUUUGCCACCGGGAACGACCAUUAUUCAAACUCUAGGUGACGUGACUCAGUUGACUACGUCUAACUCUUCAGGGUUGCAACAACAAAUGACUCAUCGACGAAUUUUACAUACCCAUGCUACGAAGCCACCCACUAUAGCGGACAGUCAAAAAAUUCACACGUUACGACCCGCAAAGAGCAUCCAUGUCUCAAACAAACGUGAGGAGCCGUACACGCCUGCGACUAGUUCGGCCGACUAUUCUCCUACACCGUAUUCAUCCGGUUCCUCACCCACUUCAUCGUGGUCUCCAUUGUCUGGCGACGUAUUCCUACCGCUCUCGCAUAUGAACGUAACAGUCGCUGAACCCGAGGUCAAAUGUAAAGUGGAAGAUUUUCCUUCAUUCUAUUCCGCAUACUCCAAGGUGGAAGACACGACUUUUCAGCCGGAGUCCUCCGAUUCGACAUCAGAAUACUCUGGCCUGGACGCGGCCAACCAAUUUGAAAUAGAUACUGGUCAGUCCACAAUGGAAUUUCGGCAGCAAGGUCUAGAGUACUUAGAAUGCAACAUACACCAAACAACCAUGGGAAAUGUUGGAAAUUCCUGCGCUGCUUGGUCAUCUCCACCGAUGGGCAGAGAAAGCGAAGAGAUGCGUGGAACAGUGGGACAAAAUCGAGAGUUUGUCAAAGCUGCAUGCAAUCCAUCAAUGGCUCCACUGGCGGUAGACAUUAUCCAGUCGUUCCCAGGUGCGGCACAGUCAGAAAUGAGGCAAUCCGAUAUAGGACCGAACACAGCUACGGACGACACUGACUUCCCCAUGGCCAAUGAAGAUAAUUUUGACAGCAGUUUCGACGCCAUGAUGCGUUCUAUUGACAUUACAACUUUUCUUCCGGGAACCUUUGCCGAGAAUGAGGAUUCUAUGGAUGAUUAUGAUACACAAAACAGCGAAAGUGAGCCACGGAAUGGUUCUGUUGAGAGUGCUUCUCAGGAGCUAGUUGAAGCGGGUCAUUCAGCGGCCAUGCCCCACGAUCGUUCGUACUCGACGGAGACGGCCCCUCUCAUCGACAUAGACGAUAUGUUGACGAGUUUGGAUCAUUGCCCCCAGCUCACUCAUCGCAAGCAACGAACCACAGCUGUCACAUACCUCACUGAACAAAUUCCAUCGUAUUCCCGUUACGCGAAUGAGCCGGUGCUGGAUGGUCUUAAAUCUGUUGAUAUGCGUCACUUGAUCAACACCGGUGACGGUGCCACAGGAUACAGUCAACAUUCCCCAUUAUCCGAUCUGGAUUCACUGGACAAAUCAAGUCUUUUUGUUAUCAAACCAGAUUGGUCCCUGCGCGUCUGUGAGUGA